AUGGCGGAUGAGGUGGCCAAGACAGUUGCCCUAAAAGAACCAAUACUAACAGUACGAUCUUCCAAAACUUCCCCUACCUCUCCUGACCAAGGCGGGUGGACAUAUUCGGAUGGAGACGUAAACGCCAUCCAAAGGUUAGGGGGAAGGUAUGACGAACAGGAGAAGGCUUGGAGAAUUCAGAACAAGAUAGUCCUGCCAAAAAAAGUGGCCAGAGACAUAGUGAGUGACCUUCACCGAUGGACUCAUUUAGGAUACAAAAAGCUAAAAACCUUGUUAAAAAGAGAGGAGCAGACCCACUUCAUAAUAGGAUUGGACACAUUGGUCAAACAGGUAACAGAAUCUUGUGUCCCAUGCGCAAAGGUAAAUCCAAAACGCCUUAAGAUGCCGGAAGGGGCGAGAGUGCGCGGGACCAGGCCCGGAACAAACUGGGAAAUUGAUUUCACUGAGAUUCGCCCCGGCAGGUAUGGGGUUAAAUAUCUAUUAGUGUUUGUAGACACCUUUUCUGGCUGGACUGAAGCUUUCCCGGUAAAGAAGGAGACGGCACAGGUGGUCGUCAAGAAAAUUUUUGAAGAAAUCUUCCCGCGGUUUGGCCUUCCCAAGGUAUUGGGGUCCGACAAUGGGCCAGCUUUUGUCUCCCGGGUAAGUCAGUUGGUGGCCAAGGUACUGGGGAUUGAUUGGAAAUUACAUUGUGCAUAUAGACCCCAGAGUUCAGGACAGGUAGAACGUAUGAACCGAACCAUAAAAGAGACCUUAACUAAAUUAAUAAUGGAGACUGGCACUAGAGACUGGGUCAAGUUACUACCAAUGGCCUUGUUUAGGGCUCGUAACACCCCUUCUGUCUUCGGGUUAACUCCAUAUGAAAUACUCUACGGAGGGCCUCCCCCAAUUGCCGAUUUACUAGGACCUAGUAUUGACUCUUAUGCCACUUCCCCCAGCCUGCAGACCCGACUGAAAGCUCUGCAGCUGAUCCAGAGACAAGUCUGGAAGCCUCUGGCUGCAGUAUAUCAGUCCAAGUGUCCGGUGGUGCCUCACCCGUUCUAGAUUGGAGACUCCGUCUACAUCCGCAGACAUCAGUCCAAAACCCUCGAGCCGCGUUGGAAGGGCCCUUACACCGUUCUGCUGACAACCCCCACCGCGGUAAAAGUCGACGGAAUUGCCGCCUGGGUUCACGCGUCCCAUGUGAAGCGAGCCCUACCGGAGGAGGAUAAAACUCAGGACGACUGCCCCGCUGACCGGACAGUAUGGAAGGCACAACGCACUCAAAACCCACUCAAGAUAAGACUCUUAAAGACUGUUUAG